AUGAAAAUAUCAGAUUCAAAUUCAAAGAAGAAAAUAUUAGAAAAGUUGUUUGGAGAAGAAGUUUUUGGCGUUCACGAGGUUGCUCUUUCUGAUCUUGAUGGAUUGUUGUUACUUCAUGAAUAUAAUCUUAAGUUUAAGGUUAAAAAAACUGAUAUUUUGAAGCAUGUCAACAGCAAUUUAUUAGAACACCCCAAAUGUUUCAGAUUCAAUGUUGUUCAAUGUUUUUUCAGAAGUCGUACACCAACUGAGUACAGAUAG